GUCAAGCAAUGAUAGGACCGGAGUUGUGUACGCGGCAGACUACCCGAAUGAUGUAUUUCGAUUGGGUCUGAGAUGAGACUUUCAACAACACUUCGACCUAUAUAACUACCUGCAGGAACUUGUCGACCCUGAUGAAUGAGGCAUUUCGGCUGAACACGUCCGAUAUGAUUGCAGUGAAUAUCCUCUUGCUAUGUUGGAAUGCCAAACUCGAAACCUGACUCAGCCAUAAGACACGCAUAAAUAUACCUGUCAUUCUAAUGACUGUUGUGCACCAUUUUCACGAUGGCCGAAAUUCCGUUCACCCUCUCAGUCCCCGACACUGAGCUAGAGCUGUUGCGCACCAAGCUCGAGCUUACUCAACUUCCAGAUGAACUCGAGGACGCGAAAUGGGACUAUGGCGUACCACUUGGAGAUACCAGGCGGCUGCUUGCAAGGUGGAAAGACGGCUUUGACUGGCGUGCGGCUGAGGCAAAGAUCAACGCUAUACCUCAGUUCACUAGAGACAUCGAGGUUGACGGAUUCGGCACGUUGAACAUUCAUUAUAUCCAUCAGAAAAGUCAGGUGAAGAAUGCUAUCCCGCUGUUCUUCUCUCAUGGUUGGCCCGGCCAUUUUAUGGAAGUAUCGAAGCUACUUCCUCUGUUGACAGCCGAAUCUGCAGACCAUCCAAGCUUCCAUGUUGUCGCAUUCAGCCUUCCUGGGUACGGCUUUUCCGAGGCACCAAAGAAACGGGGCUUUGGUCUCCGCCAGUAUGCUGAGGUCGGCCAUAAGCUGAUGGUAGCCCUUGGGUAUGAUGAGUACAUUGCUCAAGGAGGAGACUGGGGGUUCGGAAUUGUUCGCACUAUGGCCUCUUUGUACGGCGAAAGGCACGUAAAAGCGUGGCAUACCAACUUUCCUUUCAUGUACAAACCAAGCUUGAGUGCUCACCCUUUGAUAUGGCUUAGAGAUCUUGUGACGCCCUACACUGCGGAAGAACGUCAACACUCGGAACGAGCCGCAUGGUUCGUGAAGAAAUCAUACGGGUAUUGGGCGGAGCAUGCCACUAUGCCUCAAACAGUUGGUUACUCUCUUGCUGACUCUCCUGUGGGAUUGUUGGCUUGGAUAUACGAGAAGCUCGUUAUUUGGUCUGACGACUACCCUUGGACCGAUGAUGAAGUCUUGACCUGGAUUUCGAUCUACUGGUUUUCCCGCGCUGGCCCAGCAGCUUCCCUCAGGAUAUACUACGAAUUCGGUACUGAAGAGGGCCAGGCGGAUUGGGCCAAGCUCAAAUCGCCUACUAUUCCAUUCGGUUUAUCAUAUUUCGCUAAGGAGCUUCCUUUCGUUCGUUUAUUUUGGACGCGCGUUCUGGGCAACCUCGUGUUCCAAUCUACCCACGACAGCGGAGGACAUUUUGUUGCUCAUGAAAAGCCCGAGCUUCUUGUGGGUGAUAUCAGGAAAAUGUUUGGUUCUGGUGGUCCUGCGUUCGGUGUUAUACCAGGACGAGACGGAUACGCAGGCAAGUAACAUGCUGAUAGAAGAAAGCGAAUGUUGCUAUUGGUGUCCAGUACUCAACCAUGGGUUCAAUCCGCAUUUUCCAUGUUCUAUAAAUGUGAUAUCUUAAAAACAAUGAGAUUAGUUGAAGAAGACCUGAAUAGUGCUGAAGAGCUUGAGUCGAUUGAGGUGAAUCUGGAGGUAUGGUCAGAACUUGCCAAGUUCGAAUUCGGGCUGAAGCGCGUAACGAUGAGCCUAUUUGUGCCUAAGAAGCCCUGUUCAUGGGCUGUCAGAUAUAUGGACAUGGGGGACAUACCAACAUGGAGAAAAGGAAACCAGCUGGAAAAUGUGAAACAACAUUGAAAGCACCUGUAUCGUUCAAGGUACUAGGAAUAAUAAAACGUAUGGUAC